AUGGGCUGGCUCAGGGGGAUUGCCUUGCUUUCCUUGGGAGUAUUACUAGCAGGACGAGUGAACUGCCAGCAUGUGAAGAAUAAUGUGCCAAGGCUCAAAUUAUCCUAUAAAGGUAAGAUCAGUAUGUGCCAUAUCUCCUGUUGCCCAUCUGGUUGCUUUCUGCUAUUGCUUAUAGUAAGGAAAUUCUUACCCUCAGGAAUACCACAGGGAAAAUCAGCUUCAAGAGAGAUUGAAAUGUUGGAAUCCAACAAUAUAAUCCAUUUCAAUGGACUAGCUAAUAGCUCCAGUUACCAUACUUUCCUCUUGGAUGAAGAACGGAGUCGGCUGUAUGUUGGAGCAAAGGAUCACAUAUUUUCUUUCAACCUGGUUAACAUCAAGGAAUAUCAAAAGAUUGUUUGGCCUGUAUCUCAUUCCCGAAGGGAUGAGUGCAAGUGGGCUGGAAAAGAUAUUCUGAGAGAAUGUGCUAAUUUCAUCAAGGUGCUUAAGGCUUACAACCAAACCCACUUGUACGCCUGCGGAACAGGGGCUUUUCAUCCAGUCUGCACCUAUAUUGAAGUUGGAAGCCAUCCUGAGGACAACAUUUUUAGAAUGGAAGAUUCACAUUUUGAAAAUGGCCGAGGGAAAAGCCCUUAUGAUCCUAAACUGCUGACAGCUUCUCUUUUAGUAGAUGGAGAGCUGUACUCUGGCACAGCAGCAGACUUCAUGGGCAGGGACUUUGCCAUUUUCCGAACUCUGGGGCAUCAUCAUCCAAUCAGAACAGAGCAGCAUGACUCCCGGUGGCUAAAUGAUCCUAGAUUUAUUAGUGCUCACCUGAUACCAGAGAGCGACAACCCAGAAGAUGACAAAAUCUACUUCUUCUUCCGUGAAAAUGCAAUUGAUGGAGAGCACACUGGAAAAGCCACUCAUGCCAGGAUAGGGCAGAUCUGCAAGAAUGACUUUGGUGGGCACCGGAGCCUUGUUAACAAAUGGACAACUUUCCUCAAAGCACGUCUGAUUUGUUCUGUGCCGGGACCCAACGGCAUUGACACGCACUUUGAUGAACUACAGGAUGUGUUCCUAAUGAACUCAAAAGACCCUAAAAAUCCAAUAGUCUAUGGAGUGUUCACAACUUCCAGUAAUAUCUUCAAGGGGUCAGCAGUGUGUAUGUACAGCAUGACUGACGUGAGGAGGGUAUUUCUUGGUCCCUAUGCCCAUCGAGAUGGCCCAAACUACCAGUGGGUUCCCUACCAAGGGAGAGUGCCAUAUCCACGGCCAGGAACUUGUCCCAGUAAAACAUUUGGAGGCUUUGAUUCCACCAAGGACCUUCCUGAUGAAGUUAUAACAUUUGCGAGAAGUCAUCCAGCCAUGUACAACCCAGUAUUCCCCAUCAACAACCGUCCAAUCAUGAUCAAAACGGAUGUGGAUUACCAGUUCACACAGAUAGUAGUCGAUCGAGUAGACGCAGAAGAUGGCCAAUAUGAUGUGAUGUUUAUUGGCACAGAUAUUGGAACUGUUCUUAAAGUGGUUUCAAUUCCUAAGGAGACUUGGCAUGAAUUAGAGGAAGUCUUGUUGGAAGAAAUGACAGUCUUUCGGGAACCCACUGUUAUUUCAGCAAUGAAGAUUUCCACAAAACAGCAACAGCUCUACAUUGGUUCAGCCACCGGAGUUUCACAGCUUCCUUUACACCGCUGUGAUGUGUAUGGAAAAGCAUGUGCUGAGUGUUGCCUUGCGAGAGACCCUUACUGUGCCUGGGAUGGUUCAUCUUGCUCACGUUACUUCCCCACUGCUAAGAGGCGUACUAGGCGGCAAGACAUCCGAAAUGGAGACCCGCUUACCCACUGCUCAGACCUGCAGCAUCAUGAUAACCCAAGUGGUCAGACCCUGGAGGAAAAGAUUAUCUAUGGAGUAGAGAACAGCAGCACUUUCCUUGAGUGUAGUCCAAAAUCUCAGCGUGCCGUAGUCUACUGGCAAUUCCAGAAGCAAAAUGAUGACCGCAAAGAAGAGAUAAAAGUGGAUGAUCGCAUGAUCCGGACAGAACAGGGCCUAUUGCUACGAAGUCUUCAACGGAGAGACUCUGGUAUUUAUUUUUGUCAUGCUGUGGAGCAUGGCUUCAUGCAAACUUUGCUCAAAGUGACCCUGGAAGUAAUUGAUACUGACCACCUGGAAGAGCUGCUCCAUAAAGAAGAAGAUGGUGAUGCCUCCAAGACCAAGGAUGCUACCAAUAGCAUGACCCCCAGUCAAAAGAUCUGGUAUAGAGACUUCAUGCAGUUAAUCAAUCACCCUAAUCUCAACACAAUGGAUGAGUUCUGUGAGCAGGUUUGGAAAAGAGACCGCAAACAGCGCCGGCAAAGGCCUGCCAAUGCGCAGGUGAAUACAAAUAAGUGGAAGCACCUACAAGAGAAUAAAAAAGGUAGGAACAGGAGGACCCAUGAAUUUGAGAGGGCACCACGGAGUGUCUGA